AUGCUCGGGGUCAAGGCAAUUUGGAGAUCGUAUACUCACUAUGAAAAGCGGAAUAUCGCGUUCUACAUUGGGGGUAUAAUGUGCUACAAAUUCGGCAUCGAAUUCUUCAAUGGGUCGAUCAUCACACUCGCUGCAGAUCGGUUCGAGACAGAGCACGCUUUUACCAAACUUGGCGCAGCUAAAGGCCUCAACCAGGCAGCGCAGUGUAUAGGUGCUAUCUUGAUUGCACCCCUCAUCAAGCGCUGGCCGACGCGGACGGUGUUGGCUUUCAGCAUCUUCGCAUUUGCGCUUAUGACCGCCCUGCUCCUCAUUAUUGACGCCGCUACAGACGGGGAAUUCAAGGAUCCAAUCACGAAGGAAACCCAGUACGGUACCUGGCCUGUGGACUUGAUUUUCCUGAUAUGGACCUUGUCGGGGGUCGGUAAACUCAUUAAACCUCAUCUCAGUCCAGUCGAUAUCGUGGGUGGCAAGGCGCACAAACUCCGCCCGAUGGAUGCAACAGUGCACAUCUUCUAUGAAAUUGCCGGCACGGGAGGCGCAUUCGCCUCGUCCUCUGCGAUCUCCCGUUUUGGUAACAACUACAGUUUCUUCAUGACCCCAGUUUUCUUCACUUUUGCUGGAGCAAUCUGGCUAUUCAUUAGCACCUUAUCCUUCAAGCGUCAAAACGCCAUCGACGGAGAGCUCAACCAAACAGGCUUGUCAAAGGUCAGUCAAUCCAAUGGGCGCUCGGAAGGGUACUUCAAGCAAGUCAUCCGGGGUGCGACUGGCUUUGGGGAAUCGGUGUGGAUUGGAGGGAAGCUUCUCUUCACCAAUCGGCGGUUUUUCUGGCUGUUACCCUCAUAUUCCAUCGCACUUUACUGCCAUCGAUACCUGGAGAGUGCGCUAGGCACUGCCUUUGCCACGCGCGUGUUGGAAACUUCAGCUUGGAGUCAAAUUAUGGUUGGUGGAUCCAACUUUGGUGAACUUCUCGGUGCGGUCGCCGUGCUGCUUCUCUCGAACAUUGUGACGACACCGGUACCAUGGCUGAGAUUCGAUGCGCUUGCUCUCAACCUCGUCUGGCUUCUUCCCUACUUUUCACGAAUGGCUCAACCACGAGAUGUCAAAUGGGCAUGGGCAGUGGCAGGCUGCUUCUUCCCCAUCUCGAUGGGUUGGGCUGCGGGAGAUGUGUCUUUGGCCGCGUACAUCCAGUCUGCACUGACUGAGGCAAACUUUGUUCAUCCCCGCGUGUCAGCACUCGGGGCCGUCAUGGCAUUCCUCUACUCGAGCUAUAUCAUCUUCUACGCUGUUCUUAGUUCUGUCUUGGGUGGCGUACUGGACCGAGACUUCCAGGAUAAUGGGACUAUCACCCGCUCCUUACUGACCAUCGGAGGCAUUCAAUUUUCGGUAGCCUCGGUGAUCAUCCUCGCGUCAACGUUCGUCCCCGUCGGAUCCUUCGCUUUCAACCCCAAAGCUCUGGGCCAUAUCAAGAAUCCCGACGCGUCUCACCCUCACUCGCCUGGAAUGAUUGAAUUACAUUCUCAGGUAGAGGACGAGGUUGAGAGUGUUAAGGGAGUGGGGGGAAGUCAGGGUAGGCAUGGAGCGCGCGCUGGGGAACCGUGA